AUGAGAAUGAGGCCUUUAGAAUUUGAGGAAGGGGAUAAACUGUUUCUGAAAGUUGCACCAAUGAAGGGAGUUAUGAGAUUUGGCAAGAAAGGAAAGUUGAGUCCGAGGUAUGUAGGAUCCUUCGAGAUUCUUGAAAGACUUGGACCAGUGGCUUACAAGUUUGUCUUAUCGUCGGAGUUGUCCAAUGUUCACAAUGUUUUAGACAUGUCAAUGCUGAAGAGGUACAUUGGUGAUUCAUCUCAUAUUUUGGACUACCAACCGUUACAAUUGAAUGAAGAUCUAUCUUACGUGGAAGAACCUGUGAAGAUUCUAGACCGGAAGGAUAAAGUUUUGCGAAAUCGAGUUGUCCCAUUGGUGAAAGUCUUGUGGAGGAAUCAUACAAGCCAAGAAGCAUCAUGGGAGCUUGAAUCCAACAUGCGGGAUGAAUAUCCCCAGUUAUUUGAUGAUCAAGGUUAUAUGGAUGUUUUUCUAAAUUUCAAUCAUGGUAUUGAAGGAUGGAAAAUUCGGAUACAAGUGGUAAUGAGAGAAAAAGUAAAUGAUUUUUCUUGUUUCUGA